AUGGAUGAAAUUUAUGAAAAUAAAUUAAUACAUUAUAGACGUAUUGAAAAUAUUGUUAAAAAUUUCGAAGAAAAUGAAGCAAAAACAAAUGAAAACAUAGAAGCUAUCCGUCGUAAAUCAAAAUCUGAUAAUGCAAGUAUUGGCCCUGCAAAUGAUUUACUUCGCUAUUUCUAUACUCUUGAACAACAAUAUCAAUCUGAUGAUAGUGAAACACGAAACAAAGCGGCAGAAUCUGUUGUCGAAUUGAUUAAUCAAUUUCACCAAUCUGAUGAUGUUGUUGAAGAAGAGGAAGAAGACGAAGAAGAAGAUGAAGACGACGAAGAAACGAAUGAUGAUGAUCAACAAUCAGAUCAAUCAAAUGAGUUACAACAACCUAAAUUAACACCUCCUCAGAAUCUCCCGCCACCUACCAUUAUACCUUCCAUAUCAACAGCUGUAUCACCUUCUUUUUCAAUACAACCAGCAUCAUCUUCUCUUUCAAUACUACCAGCAUCACCUGUUAAAACUCAAGUACCAUCAUUACCACACCCGCAUUCACACCCUACACCCUCAAUAGAUGAUAUUGGUGAUAUUAAACCAGAUACACUUAUUGAAUAUAAGAAAUUAUCAUUUGAAGCUCAUCAAUAUGAAAAACUUUAUUCAACAAUAGAUCUUCCACGUAAAAAACAAUUAGCAUCUUGUAUAAAAAAUAUAAUGAAUAAAUUACGUAAAGAAACAUUUCAUACAUUAACAAAUGAAUUAUUUGAAUUUUUAAAUGGACAAGAAAAAGAAGUUAGUAAUAAAAUAAUUCGUAUAUCAAAUAAUGAAGAACGUUUAUUAUGUUUAUCAAUACUUACAAUACUUAUUCUUGCACAAUUACUUGGUGGUGAUUUAACUGAUAUAAAAACAGAAAUUUUUUUACCAUUAAUUGGUAUUCUUAGUCAAAAUCAACGACAUAAAGAAUUUCGUAUUAUUUUUCUUGAUCGUUUACAUAAAAAAUGUCCAUAUACAGUACCAUUAUAUCCAAAACGACAAUCAACUAUGAAUGAUAAACAAUAUUUAGAAGCAAUUGGUUAUAUUGAAAAACAAGAUGGUGAUCAACGUCGUUUAGAAACUGAAACAGAAUUUCUUAAUCGAAUGAAUGGACUUAUUCGAUUAUUUUGUAAAUUACUUGUUAGUCGUGGUCCACCAUUUGAUAAAGAUUUAGCUUUUGCAUGGAAAUGGUUUUCUGAUGUUUUAAAUUUACCACCAAAAUCAAAUAUAACAUCAGUUUUAAUACGUGUUUUUCUUGAAGAAGCCGGUAAAAUGAUGAUGAAUGUAUAUCAAACACAAUUUCCAAAAAUAAUUAAUGCUAUUCAAUUACAAUAUUUACCACGUUUAGAAAAACAAACAAGUGAUGAUCAAAUGGCAAGACUUCGUUUAACGUUAGAUAAUUUUCAUAAAUAA